AUGGAUAGUCGUGAGGCCACCCAGUUUCGCAACAAGACAGUGCCUCUCUAUCUGCCCAUCGCAGAUGGUCCCAGAAGAGAGCUUGAACAAAUGCUUCCUAUUAUUAUUUACAACUAUAUCUAUCGGCGAUGGUUUCAACCAUAUCGAACAAGCAUCUACCAGGGGCAAUUUAUUAUAAAGAUCAUACACCCAGACCAUCAGGUCUUGACGUCAGAUCUCGACUCUGCAGUCAGCUUGGCAAUGCGUAUGCACACCAUGAUCAAUGAUCGCCUUGACUCUAUUGAGGCAGAGCCAUUCUAUACAACACUGCCACUAUUCAGAGCCAUAAUGAUUGUGGUUACAGGGCAGCUCUAUCCAACAUGUGGCAUUCUGAGAAAUAUCACCAAGAUGAGCGUCCUAGUUAUGGCCACUGGAGAGCAAGGCGGUCUCAGCGCAUCGAUAUCAUUUGACUCAAUCGCGAAUGGAGCCAAGCCUAUUUGCGUUGGGGGUUUAAACGGGGUAGAAACUGAUCUUGAGACUGCAAUUGAAUUUUUCAUGUCCUUGGAAAAGCGUAAAGAAGCUUCUCUUGGUCCGCAGCCCGACCCAGUUGCUGCGUUGGGGAGUCUGGCGUGUUCUCCGCGCCAAGGGCGGUAUAAGCAGAGCCGAUCUUACGCAGACAGACUGAGAUGGAUGGGAGACACGAUUGUCGGUCCUAGGUCAGAGUGGGUUGAUACUGAGGAGUACAAAAGAUGGACAAGUGGUGGCGCCUAUGUCGAUGCUGGCAUGAUGACCUAGCGAGAGAAGAUCGUGUGGAAACUGCAUGACAAAGAGUGCAUGUGUUAUGAUGAAACGGAGGAAAGAUGUGCGGUUCUGU